UCAGAAUUUAAUCUAAACCAUUUCGCGUGAUGGACGAGCUGGUAUUGCGCCGACGUCUCGAACAGUAUCAGCCAGAACCGCUGGUAAAAUUGAAAUCCGCACGGAGCAAAAGCGAAAUCGAGAAGAGACGCAUUGACGAAGACGACGCCGUUGACUUGGCCAGAACCGAUUUUUUCAACGUCUUAAAUGACGGGAACAUUAAAAAAGCAGCGGAAAACGCUAUCAGGCGGUACGGCGUUGGUACCUGCGGACCGAGAGUGUUCUUCGGUACCACCGAAUUGCACCUGGAUUUGGAAGCUUCCAUAGCCAAGUGGCUUGGCACAGAAGAAUGCGUCGUUUACUCUGACGGUUACGUCGCCAUAUCCAGCGUGGUAGCGGCCUUCUGCAAACGCGACGACGUUGUAUUCGUCGACGAAUCGACUCACGUCGCCAUCCUGCAGAGCCUGAUGAAACUACGCUCGACUAUAGUAUACUACAAGCACAAUAACCCCGAGAGUUUCGACGCGCAGGCGCAGACCGCCUCCAGUAAAGCGAGAAAGUUCCUCAUAGCUGAGGGAGUGUCUUGGUCUACCGGCAAGAUACUCCCGUUACCUCAAUUCCUCGAGGUCGCCGAGCGACACAAGAUAAGAGUCUUCUUGGACGAGUCGUACUCAGUCGGCGUCCUCGGCGAUGGGGGCAGAGGCGUCCGCGAGCAUUUCGAGGUCGAACCGUGGAGGAUCGAUUUGAUUUUCGGGCGUUUGGAGACGACGCUGAGCGGCGUGGGUGGAUUUUGCGCAGGCUCGCUCCUAAAUUGCGAAUGUCAGUUUCUUUGCAGUCCCGGGCUUUUGUUUUCCGCUUCGUUGCCCGCAUAUUUGGCCCGCGCGUGCGCGGAAACCAUAGAGACGCUCGGUGAUAAACCGAAGAAGCUGCGGAUGUUGUCGCGCAAGUUCCACGACUUCCUGGUGGCGAGCGGCUACGCAGUGCGGAGCGACCCGCUCAGUGCGUUUAAAGUGUUCGCUGUGGGAGACGGUAAGGAAGAUGAAAACCGUUACGUGCACGAGUACUGUCAGAGGAAGGGGGUGUAUUUCAUCAUGCGCCCGGAAUCGAUGAUUAUCAAUUUGAACGUUGGCCUGUUGGAUGAUGAGGGGAGGUUCGAGAGGGUCAAGGACGUUUUGGGAAAGGCCUUGACUCGGGCUUUGCGGAUGAAGGAGACUUUUGCCGUUUAAGGAAAGAGAAAGAGAAAAAAUCGAAAAAAAAAGCAGAACAAGAGAAAAACAUUUCGAAAAAAGGAAAAUCAAAAUAACAAAAAUAAUAAUUUGGUCAAAAUGUUUGGUUAUUUUAAUGGAAUAUUUUUAUAAAAUUAUAGUGCCAUGAAAAUUGCACCCACACGCGUCUUACGGUUUAGAUGUAAGCGAGAAAGUUUUAGAAUUGUCGCUGAAGAAAUACGGAAAACGUAAAGUAUAAAAAAUAGCUUUUGCGAUCGAAUUAAAGCCAAUUGUGGGAAAUUUCGAAAUAUUGCGAAGUGUACGAGGGAAACGGGGACUUAUUAAUCAGUAAAAUUGCUCUAUUUUAUAUUGUAUACUUGGGAAAAGUAUAAUAAAAAAUCGAGAGAGCAAAAUCAGGUUUGAUAGAAAUAAAAAUAAGAAUUUCAGAUAACAGUCAAGAGCAUGCCGCCAUGUCCAUUAAUCAGCAAGCGAGGAAAAAGUGUUUAUCUUUAUAUUUAUCUAUUAUUUUUAUUGAUACUGUUUAAAUACGCCGAACAAUGAGAUUUUCCAAGUUUCUUGAUUUUUCAUAAAAUAAACAAUAAAUUAAUUAAAGAAAUUAAAAAAAUCCGAGUUAUCAAAAUUAAUCUACCACUUAUUAAGGUACGUAGUUUAUAUAUCAGUCAAUAAAAGGUCGGGUGUUUUUCCAAGUGUUCUUAAAAUUCCAAGGUAUAAAUCCCAUACAUUUUAAACUUAAAUAAUUUAAGGGUGUGGGGACUUUAACAGUUUAGUGGGAGUACGCGCUUUUGGUUUACAAAGUCGCAAAAAUAAUAAAACACUACGUUCCUUGGCGCAUUUAAGGAUUUUGUUUUAAAAUAAUAAUCAAGUACCUUUAUUAUAAAUCGAACUUUAUAUUGAUAAAUGCACAGCAGCCGAAUGACUAUUUUUGAGAUAUAAUUUGUUAUAUUGACUUUCGAAUAUUUUGUUACACUUCAUAUUCAAAUCCUCUUUUGUUUGUAUCCCAUGUCUUACCUCUUCUCAUUCUUCUUAUGCUUAUUAUAAAUUGCAUAUACUUAUUUAUAAAUUGCAUUUCUUAUUAUAAAUUAUCCUCAUUUUAAAUAAGGAUUUAAUCAAUAUAAAUAAAUAUUGCUUAAUUAAU